AAAUGUCCCCCACCCACAUGUCCACUCACUGUGAUCAGUGCGCCCCUCCUCUCCAUCCCUGACGACGUAAUUGUGGGUGUACAGAAGAAGUGGAACUUCAUCUUCGGAUCUUCUGUAAAAAUCACAGUCGCCCACUCGUCGGAGGAAAAGAGACGCCGGGAGGAAAACCGUCUACAAGUCGAGGAGCAGCACGAAGAGGACGCGCUCUUGGGGGACAGCGUCAUAUGGACUCUGGACAUACCGUGUGCUUCAUACUGGAAUUUUAAGGACCUCUAACCGAUUUUGGAUUUAUAAACGCUUUUAUUAAAAGAGGGAAGAUGCUUCUGAAUCUAAAACAUAUACUGUGGUUAUUCUGCUUGUGCCACACAUCACUGGUUUCAGGCUCACUAACAGUGAUGCAGCCAGUGAGCGGUUCUCUUUCGGGAAAGGUUGUCCUGCCGUGCCACUUCUCCACCCUCUAUACAACAACUUCCAGCAAUGCUACAACACCUGGAACAGACCAUCUGCGUAUUAAAUGGACCAAGAUGGAGGGCGAUACAGAGUCCAAAGUAAUCGUUACUCAAAAUGGCGUCUCUAAAACUGGGCAAAGCUACAAAAAACGUGUGUCUGUGCCGAGUCAUCCAGAGGAUAUUGGGGAUGCCUCAUUGACUAUUGUGAAACUGCGGGCUAGUGAUGCCGGAACCUACCGCUGUGAGGUCAUGUAUGGCAUUGAAGACACUCAAGACAUGGUCAACUUGGAUGUCAAUGGUGUGGUUUUUCACUAUCGGCCCAAGAUCAGUAGAUACACCUUGACCUACGACAAAGCUGUGGAGACAUGUCAAAGUGUUGGGGCUACCAUUGCCACAGCAGAGCAGCUAAAAGCAGCUUAUGAGGAUGGAUUUGAUCAGUGUGAUGCUGGUUGGAUAGCAGAUCAGACAGUGAGAUACCCCAUCAUUAACCCAAGACCUGGCUGCUCUGGGAACCUGCUUGGAAAACCUGGGGUUCGGACAUAUGGCCCUCGAAUGCCCACUGAAACCUAUGAUGUGUACUGCUAUGCAGAUAAACAUGACGGUAAUGUUUUCUUUGCACCCACAACAAAUAAGAUGACCUUCGAGGAAGCCAAAUUUGAGUGUGAACAACGAAACGCUGUCUUGGCCUCACCUGGUCAGCUCCACUCGGCCUGGAGAAAAGGUCUAGACCAAUGUGACUACGGCUGGCUGUCUGACGGAAGUGCCCGCUACCCUGUCGCCAUACCCAGAACACAAUGUGGUGGAGGUUUGCUUGGAGUUCGCACCAUGUACCGGUACCGCAACCAGACAGGUUUUCCUGACCCCAGCAUGAAAAUUGGAGCUUACUGUUUCAUAGGUUAUGAGUUUCUGAACAACCAGACAACAUGGGUGGAUGUCACAGUUGAGGGUGUCACCACCUCACCCUCAAUGGCCACUUCAACCACAGCCCAGACUGCUCUCUCUGAAUCCUCCCUGGAGCCAAAUAUUUUCAUUGAAUCACAGACCACCAUAGAUGACUCUGAGUCCCAGGUCCUGACAGACCCUCCUUUCAUGUUUUCCACUAGCAUGGCCCCAUCAAGGAGUUCUGACUCACCAAGUAGCCAGCAUGUAACAGCUAUCCCCGGGGAUGACUCAGUAAGCACUCUCACAGAUGCUAGAAAUGUGUCGGAAACUCGAGAUUAUGACUUAGUAUCCACAACAGCUGGUCCUGAAAUCCCGGAGAUUCCAUCAAACAAAUCAGAAGAUAUGAAUGGAAUUGUAGUAGGUACAAUUCCACCUGAUGUUUUAAUCUCAGCCUCUCAAAGCACAGAGCCAAUGUUUGUACUAGGGAAAACAGAGGAAUCAAUUCUGGAAAAGGAUAAAAUACACAUAACCUCUCAUGUCACACACACUAGCUCUAAUCUGACAGUAGAACCUACAAAGUUAAUCAGCAUGUUUGCUGGAGUUUCACUGUCUAGUACAACAAAAGAUGAAAGUAUUCUGCCAAACAUCACUAGUGUUCAUCUUACUGUAAGUGACAUAAGCCCUACAGAAGAAACUCAGUCUACAUUUUCUGAUGAUUAUGACAGCGAUGAGAAAGUCACUGAAAUUGGUGUUAUGGCUGGACCUCCACCUACACAAACAAUCAGUGAAGUUUCAGAUACCACAGAUGGACUUAGUACCAUGUCAGUUACCACUGAUGCAACUGUCACAUUCACAACUGAUACAAAACCCAAUACAACUCAUUCUGACAAUACAUCAGCAACAUCCACAGUCACCAUACCAAUUGAGAUAACAACUCCCAUACUCGCUGAGAAGUUCGAUUCAACUAUAUCAACUGAAGAAGAAUCAGUAUCGUGUUCUUCAGAACUCAUUGGUGAAGUUGCAACAAAAGACAUCACAAUGACAGAUUCUUCAGAAAAAAGCACCAAAAAUUGUACAGAUGUCCCAUCUAUUCAACUGAUCAUCAUUAACAUCCAUGAGCAGAAUGGAACAGCCCACCUGGAAUCUCUGAUACCCCAGCUUUCAAAUAUUCCUGAGGUUCCAAAUAAGCCUAUUCCCUCCCCUGUGGAUGGUGAGCCUAUCUGGACCAGCGAACAGUCUACUUUUGAUUUCUCCUCUCCUGCAGCCACCAGCACACCAACACUCAGUUUUAUAAAUGGCAAACAUGAGGUGAGCAUUGAGCCUGAGAAGUCUGAUGCUGAGAAAGAGGCAAGAGGAGAUGUGUUUGAGAGUGUGUCCUCUACACUUCAAAACCUAACAGAAACAGAAGAAAAAGUAGAGUCAUCACCCGGUUUCGAUUACUCACUCUUAGACAUUGGUACAACACAAGAUGGGUCACUUGAGCCAAAAUAUGUUGAUAGCAGAGAACCAAUAUUAGUAGAGUCUACUCCGCCAUCAUCACCAGAGACAGAUCAUGAAGAUGAGACUCUCAUGGAGGAAAGAGGCUUACUACCAGGUACUCUGUCCGGCAUCACAGUUCAAAGAAGCUCCUCACCAAAGCCAUCUGUGUUUCCAACAAAUGCUUCAACAACUAUCUCAGAUGUUGCACAUUCUAAGCCAAUAAAACCCACUGAGGAAAUUUCUCUUACUACUGAAGAUGGGUCUGGGGAGGAAAUGGCUGCUAUUCAAGCACUACAAGUGACACAGAAAAUGACAACAUUACAAGCAACAGAAGGUGACAAAUUUGACCAUACAAUGGAUGCAACUGAAAAGAAACCAUUACUGCCCUUUCAUACUGACACCACAGAUAUUACCACAGACUACUGGACAUCAGAGUCAGGAAUGAAAAAGUAUGCUUUUACUACAGAAACACCUUUGUCUGCAACACAUCAGACAGACAGUACAUCCACACCUGACACUGUUGAAAUGCAAGCUAUUUCAAAAAGCACAGUUAUGAUUACAUCUUCACCAGACAUAGAAAUCAGCACUUCAACAAAAUCCUUAUUUAUAGCUGAAGAAGAAGGAUCAGGUGCUGAAACCCAUGAUUUCAUUUUUACAAAGCCUACUUUACAAGGUACUCUAACCCUCAGUCCAACAAUGCCAGAAACUUUGGUUCUCCAAACAGAAGAAACAUCAGAAAAACCAUCAGAAGUCAAUAUUACUGAUUCCUCAGAAAACAUAUUCUCCACACAAGAAGAAAAACAUUUAGAUGAGGUAUUAUUUCUAAGCACUGUAUCUACAGUGGAGGAAACAAGUAAAGAUGUGCCAUCAGGUACGCAUUCUGAAACUUCUGAAAAAUUUUCUGAAGCUGAUGGCUCAGGAGAUGAGUCGCUUGUUAUGUCAACCACAAAAUCCCCAACAGUUUUUCCAUCGCAUACUACAACCCAUUCUGAACAAAGUAUUACCACAACAGCUGUUUAUACAUUUCAGAGAGGUGAUGAAAGUAAAGAGUCAGUAAAAACAAUUUCAGAGGAAAUGGACACAAGUCAAGCUACUGUAUCAAAUAGUUACCUCACUGUAGAGACAACAGAACCAGCCCAGGCGAGCAGUACAUCUGAAUUCGUACAAGAAUCCUUCACUGCUACAGUUCAAGCUGUGAUGUCAGAGGAAGGCUCAGGUGACCAGAGGCCUGACAGCCCAGCAGGAGAGAUUCUGGCAGCAACAACAGUGCCUCCAAAGUCAUCUGAAGUGCCUAUUACGGAUGCCUCUGAAAUGGGCUUCUCAACAGAGAGCUCAGAAAAGAAAACAACUGAUCAAUUUACUGCUGAGUCCAUAAGUCAAGGGUCACUAUUGCUUUUCCCAGAUACAGAAGGUUCCGGUAAUCAAAUAACUGAUACAUUUUCCACAACUGUAUCACCUGACAGAGAUCAUUUUAUAUCCACUAUACCAGUGUGGGAUGGGACACUGUUAUCUCACUCAGAAGAUGCAUUAUUAGGAAGGACAUCAGAGAGCCCAGCAAUUGCAUUUAUUAUUGCCAAUACAGUCCCCGCUACACAUGAAGUUACCAGAGAGCAAGAAAGUACUACAAUAAUCCCAAGUCCUGUAUCCACACUUAUUCCUGCCUUUUCCUUAUCAGAUGGAACAACAGUAAAAGUGGAAACAGAUCACACAAAUGAAGCAGAAACUGAAAAUCCACCAUCAACCAUAAUAAGUGAUGCUGUCACUUCAAUCUUAUUACAUUCUGCACCAGAAGAUGACUUUUCUGGUGACAGCACUCUUGAUCAGUUGAGCACAACCUCUUUUAUGCCAGCGCAUAGUGCAGUUACAAAUGACCAGGAUAUGACAACAAGAAAAUCACCAGAGAGUGAAACAAAAGAGAGUAUUACUACAUCAAGAACUUUUACAGUUGACCACACACAAACAAUCGCAAUAGAGCCUAGCUCAACAGAGAUCCAAACAACACCAGAGACAACUGGCACAUCUGGAACUAACCAUUACAAAACAGAGUCCCACUUAGAUACUGGAUAUGUAGAAACCACAACUACAGUAUCUGAAGUGCCAUUUAUUACUUUUGAUCCAACACAAGAAAUACAACCGUCAGAGGGUUCUGGUGAAGAAAGUGGGGAGUUUGAGGAUGGUAUUUCUGGUGAUUUCUUUAAUACAGUUGUAGAGUCCACGCCCCCUUCACAAUCUCCAGCUACAAAAGAUAUAUUAACAACAGACUCAGAGGCAGUUGUGGGAACAGAUUUGCCAGUACACCCAACUGUUAUGGAGGUAUCAUCAGAUUUUGCCCACACAACAGGUACAGUCGUUGCUUUUACAGAGGGUUCUGGGGACCAGAAUGAAGAUAUCCUUAAUGCUGUCACCUCACCAACAUUAUCAAGUACAUCUCAAAUAUCUCACUUAGAGAGUAUACCUAAUGCCACAUAUUUAACAUCAACUUCUACUGACAUGGAAGCAGAUCAAAAGACUUCCAUACUUGAAGGUUCUGCUGACAGUAUGCCAGGAACAACUGAAGCAAGUAAAGAAUAUUCCGUAAGAACUGAUGAGGCAGAAAUUAGCUACACAAAGAGCACUUUAGAUUACUCAAAUGUUGAAACAGCUACACUUUCCACAAAGUUACCGCCAGAAUCUAGUUCACAUAUUCCAUCACAAACAGAAUUAAUGUCUUCUUCUUUGGAGUCUGGUAGUGGUGAUACAGAGGACAAUGGUACUGAAAGUGAAGGGGCUGAUGAUGAGGGUUCUGGUGAUCUUGUAUCCUCUCUCGUUGAAUCAUUUCCACCUAUUGUCAGUGCUACAAUGGAAGUAACGACGACAUCAUUCAGAGGGAUUGAAGGUGAGGGUACGAUAGGUUAUCAAGGAUCAGAAAUGACAACAGCUGAAGUAAAUACAGAAUUGUCUGUGAAAACAGAUGAGGCUGAAACCAGUGAACAUAAAACCACAAGUGAUCACCUAAGUGUUGAUACUUCUACUCAGUAUGUAUCGUUCAAAUCUGAAUCUACUUCAGCAAUGCCUAGAACAAUUCAAAAAGAAACUACUGCUGUCUCUUCAGAUGCCGGUAGUGGCGACAUAGAGGAUACUACAUCUGAAGGCACUGAAGAUGAAGGCACUGAAGAUGAUAGUUCUGGUGCUCUUAUUGAAUCUGCUGCUCCUUCACAAGAUCCAUUAACAGAUAUAACAACAGAAAAACCUAAAGAGUCAAUACAUAUAGGUAUCAAAGACCUACCAUGGAUUGCUCCCACUUCAUCUUUCACAGAUUCAGUUGCCUUUACAAAUAUAGAUAGUUUGAGCCAGCAGUCAGCUGUAACAACUGUGCCAAUGACGCCAGGCACAGAUUCAAUCUAUCACACAACAAAGCAAGUUGAUUCAGACACAGAUGUGACUACUCCAGUUUUCACCGUCAUAUACCAAGAUAGUACAGAUAAAGAAGUUACAACAGUUGUCCCAUCUAGUAGUGAGAUCAGAUCUAGCAAAAUUACCACAAGGCUUCAUGAUACGAAAUCAAUUACAAGUCCUGUUAUCAUAUUCACAGAAGAGAUAAAAGAUGAGGAUGACCUUUUCUCAACAGUUACAGACAGCAUGAAAGACCAUAGCACCAAAACACAAUUUAUUACCAAGGAUGAUAUGAUCAUUGAUGCAGAUACUGUUUCAGGGUUGGAACCCUCAUCACCUUUUGACUCCACUAUCAACACAGAGGAAGCAGCUGGCAUAACAGCUGUCACCAUGACACCUCAAUCUUCCAGCAUACUGACAGAGGAACCAGAAGGUUCUGGAAUAGACAGUCCUGUUUUACCCUCCUCAGAUUUACACCUGCCUACUCAAUCAACCAGGGAAGGGUCAACAACUCUAGGGAUAGAUGUAAGUCACUCAGUAAAAGCUGAGGAAACAGAAACAAAACCAACAUUAUCUGUAGAUAUCAGUGAUGAAAGAUUUACUGCUCAAACUGUGGCUCCUUCAAAGAUGACUCCACACUUGUCAACAUCCACCCAUUCUACUCAAACUAACCUGCAUUCUACUAGUAGUACUACACAUUACAGCACUGGAAAAUCCUAUCCUACUCAGACCACCUUCCAGAUGACUACAAAUCAGCCUAGAUUUACCAAUAGUGAUUCUAUCUACGUUACUAGUCAGCACAGUCACAUCAUCACUCAACCAAGCCAUCCAACCACCACUUACCCUAAAACCAUCUUGCAUGUGACCAAUACACAGCCAAUGCCCAAGUCGUCUGAUAUUUUUAUUGGUUAUUUAUCAUUAGACAGUGUCUCAGUAGAAGGCUCUGGAAUGCAAACUUCAAUACCAGGCGUCACUGCAUCUACAGAUACAAGCUCAACCACAGUCUUAACAGCAGAUGUUAAUUCUGGGUAUAUUACAGAUAAAACCACUGACUCUAAACAAUUAGAGUUUAGUUUUGCGACCCACGAAAGUAUUACAGAAGAAGCUUCAGGUCUAAUUUCAGAACUUACAGUGUCUAGUGAAUCAGAUUUAAUUGAGACCAUAACUGCAGUAGUUCCAACAGUAGUUUCACAUGACAUAACACAGGCUACAAUCCAUAGCGAACCAAGAUCAGCACUCCCUUAUGAUGAUGAGUCAGUAACAGGUAGUGCAUCAUCUGUUAUGGAAGGUUCUGGCAUUGAGAGUGAGAGUGUUGGCACUACUACAAAAUCGGACAUCACAGUACAAACCCCAAAAUAUGAGGUAACAGAAAUAAUUCAAACAGAAAGAGCUAAAGUGAAAGAUAAGACAACAACAGAUGCAGUACCACAAAGCUCAGAGAUGCCAUUAUUUGAUUCAUCCAGAGAAAAGACAUCAAGCCCAUUAUUACCAGAGGAAAGCUCAGGUGAUGUUUCUGAAAUCUUAACAGAAUCAACAGCCAUAUAUAAUCAAGUGUCAACAGAUUACAGAGAUUUCUCCACCACUCAUUCACCUGCUUUGGUGACACUAUUUAAAGAAACCGAGAGUCCAACUUAUGCAUCCCCAAUACUCACAACAUCAAGGUUCCUUCCUGAAGGACUAUUGCCUACUAAACAUACCUCACCAGAAGAUUUGUCAACAGCAGAAGAUUUGUCAACAGCAACAACAAUUAUUCCACUGGAUGGUGAUGCUGAACCUUCCUUAGUAGAAUCUAAACCAUAUUUGAUUGAUUCUGAGACUUUAGUGCCUGAGAGUGAGACUCCCCCUGAAAUCACUCCAGUAUAUGAGAGUAAGACAUCAGCUGACAACACUGAAUGGCCAAGCAAUUCAGUCAAAUACCCCGUACAGAGGUUAUCCACUGUGUCACCUAUGGAGCACUUUUCUUAUGAAGAGGUAACCACUGUCAUUUCAUCUUCUGAUGAGAUGUCAACAGCAUCACCAUUGUUUGAUCCAGUCACUGGAUCUAUAGAUGAGGAAGAAGUGUCACAGGAACAAGAGACAAUUGGAACAAUUGAGGAAACUGUAUCUGCAACACUGGAGAGUACAGAUUACACCACCUCAUCAGCUGAUGAAAUUCAAAUAGAUUCUGUUACAACAGCUUCUCCUGCAGAUAGUUCUGAUGACACCAUACUGGUUGAGGGCUUAGCUCCUGAUCCAGAGGUACUGAAUGGAACACAGAUACCUAUACUGAACGUGGACCUAGGAUACACUGUUAUUGGAGAGACAUAUAAUAUUGCAGGUGUCCAUUCAUGUUCUGACAAUGGGUGUAUGAAUGGUGGCUCAUGUUUGAAAAGGGGUAAUGUCCAGAUUUGCAGCUGCCUCCCUGGAUACACUGGUGACAGUUGUGAAAUAGAUAUUGAUGAAUGCCAUCCCAACCCAUGUUUUAAUGGCGGUACGUGUGUAGAUGGGAUCAACUCGUUUACUUGUGUAUGUCUGCCAAGCUACAGAGGGUCUCUCUGUGAAGAAGACACAGAGACAUGCAGUUAUGGAUGGCAUAAGUUUCAAGGCCAUUGCUACAGGUAUUUCCCUCACAGGCGCACCUGGGAUGUAGCAGAGCGUGAAUGUCGUCUUCUAGGUGGUCACCUUACUAGUAUUCUGUCGCAGGAAGAACAGCAGUAUAUCAACCGCCUUGGCCAUGACUACCAGUGGAUCGGACUAAAUGAUAAGAUGUUUGAAAGGGAUUUCCGGUGGACAGAUGCCAAUAUUUUGCAAUAUGAGAACUGGAGACCCAACCAGCCAGAUAGCUUCUUCUCUUCUGGUGAGGACUGUGUGGUAAUGAUCUGGCAUGAAGACGGUCAGUGGAAUGAUGUCCCAUGUAACUACCACCUCACCUUUACCUGCAAGAAAGGCACAGUGUCAUGCAGUCAGCCACCUGUGGUGAAAAACGCUCGUACCUUCGGGCAGAUGCGGCCAAGCUAUGAAAUCAACUCGCUAGUGAGAUAUCAGUGUUUGGACGGCUUCAUCCAGAGGCACCUUCCCAUCAUUCGCUGCCAAAGAGAUGGCUCUUGGGACCUGCCCAAAAUUUCUUGCAUGAAUCCCUCCAACUUCCAAAGAAGAUACAGCCAGAGGUAUCAGCCCAUCAGAAUUUAUGGCAGUCAUCGGAAAAGGUCUGCAGAGGAGCCUGCCAGUUCUCCCAAGAAACACCAUCACCAUGCCUUCAAGAACAACAGAACCAAAUAAUAAGCCUUCCUACUUUGAUACUAUAGUCUCAACUCUGUCUCUGACUCUGAUUUCUUUUUUAACAACACUCAAAGGACAUCUGACAGAAACUUAGAUACAUGUGUGGAAAUAGGAAAUGGACACAAAUGGAAAAAGAUGAACAUCUUGAGUUCUAGAUACUGGAAUCAACACAGUGAUUUUCCAGUUUUUAGGACUAAAGGAAAGGAUUCCUCAAAUAAUUUCGGUUGGCCACUGAAAAAAAGGACUGUUGCUCUUUCUGCUGGAUCACUGACUGAUCCUUGCUAGUGAUUUAUAUGUUAGUGAAACUUUUUUUUUUUUUACUUCAGAUCACAAAAUGCCUUCUUUGCGCAGUAUAUACUAAUGUAACUUUGCAACACUACAAACUCCUAGAGAUGGUAGACAGUCAGCACCAUGUAAAGGACUUUGAGCCAGAAAAUACCCCAGCACAUAUCUUUUUACUGGAUGUUUUCAUUUGGAUGCUGUAUAUCAAAGUUCUUUCAACCGGGGAUUCCACAAAUUCUGAAGAACAAGCGCUACAAAAAGCACAACAUAUGGGAGAUGAGACAUCCAAAAGACUGAAGAAGGAAAAAGAGACAAAGACAAGCCAAUACGUGCUCAGUAUUCUGUAAAUUAUGGUACAGAAUAUGUGGAGUGACCUUUGAUAAACGAUCCACAAGGAAUUUAUAAUCACCUCACAAGUACAAUUUGGUGCCUAGAUCACAUAGCAAGUGAAAACUCGGUCUGAAAUCAUAUUAUAUGUCAUUGGGUCUUCCAGCAUUUACAGCAGAUAUAUCUCAUUUAAUUUCUAAAUUUCAUCCAUACCUUCAGCUUUUAUGUUGUCUUUGGUAAAAUGUCAAACUACUUUUAAGAGAAUGUACUUUGUGAAUUGCUCAGCAAGACUUGAACCACAUGCAUACAGGUCAUUUAUUUUCCAAGCUGCUCCUAAUCUUCUCGUGGUUGUAGCUAAUAUGCAACACACUGGAGAUGUAAUAUGACCUGCAUGCACAAAUGCAUUAUGUUAGAGCCCAGCAAAUCCAUGUGGUGUCACUUGUGAUUGUUAAGGAUAUUUUCUAUUUAAACACAGAGAACAGAACAAAAUAUGACAUUUGGGGUGUUUCAAUGGGCCUAAAGACCAAAAUCUAUCAGUCAAACCUUUCUACAUGGAACGUCUCAACACAUCUCAACAAUAAUUAACAUCCAUUUGUUCAUCCCAAGCAUUGUUUUUAAAUGCAUUUUUGUUGUUUUGCCAGUUGUGUUUUAUCCAAAAGUGCACAUAUCUUUUUAUAUUUAAGUAUAACAUUUUUAUUGUAUAAUGUGAAUGUCUGGGUUGUGUGUGUAAAAAAAAAAACGAUUUGCAAGGAAACUUUUUACUUUUUAAACUUGCAGUGUCACCUAAGAGACAAAGUUUAUUCCA